UCUUGGGAAACCUCAUUUCCCAAGGUCCAUCUCUGUCCAGGAUUCCGCCGAAGGGAGCCCCAGCAGAUUCUGAGAGCCGCAAGCCGUAGGACGAUGCGCAAGGUGCAACUUAAGUCCAACUAGGGAAUUGUAAAGGGAAGGCAAUUAAAGUAGACGAGUUCCUUUAGAGGAACUUGCAUUCGCUGUUACUCCAGCUGCCUGGUGCUGCCCUCUUCUCGUCGUCACGACUUAACCUACACUGUUCUGGCUCACUUCAGAGGCUCCUUUGUCGGCAUGAGUCUGUGGACUCGGGCUGGGGUCUUGGGCGCUCUCGCUUGCUGCGUGCAUGGCAGGCGGAGAGCCCUAGCCGAAGCGAGCCGCAAAGACCAGCCGGAGCUGAAGCUGGUGCUGGUUCUCUUUCGGCACGGAGCGCGCACCCCUCUCCGGGCCAUCCCCGACGUCGAGCAGGUGGAAUGGGAUCCUGCACUCCUGGAGAUCCCUGCUCAAACAGAGUUUGAUUAUGCAGUAACUGAUCUGUCUGGAGGUCCAAGACCUUAUUCUCCUUAUGAAGAUCAAUACCAAAAGGUUGUGCUGAAGGGUGGUGUGAUUGCUGGGCAGCUGACCAAAGUGGGCAUGCAGCAGAUGUUUGCCCUAGGGGAGCGACUGAGGAAGCGUUAUAUCGAGGACAUCAGUUUCCUCUCUCCAGCAUUCAGACCUUCAGAGGUCUUUGUUCGUUCUACUAAUAUUUUUCGGAAUCUGGAAUCCACACGCUGUUUGCUAGCUGGGCUAUUUCAACAGCAGAAAGAAGGGCCUAUUACCAUUGUCACAGAUGAAGCAAAAUCAGAAAUCCUCUACCCUAAUUUACAGAACUGCCAGCGCCUGAAACAGGUGAACAGGGAAAGGAUGGCCACCAUGUGUUUACAGCCAGGCAUCUCUGAUGAUCUGAAGACAAUUAAAGAAAAAGUGGGAAUCAACAGUGAGAAGCAAAUUGAUUUUUUUGUCCUACUUGACAACGUCUUUGCUGAACAGGCACACAAUCUGCCUAGCUGCCCUCUUCUGAAGAAUUUUCUACAAAUAAUUGAGCAAAGAGCCAUUGAUUCGCUCCUUUAUGUCACUGAAUGCAACUUAAGGGAAACUCUUCAGAUGUCUGUUGGUCCUCUUCUUUAUGAACUGCAGAAGAACAUCAGAGAGGCAAUAGAUCCUUCCUCAGCCGACAUCAAGGCCAGAAAGCUCAUAUUAUAUGCUGUUCACGAUGUUACCCUCUUUCCACUAUUGCUGGCUCUGGGAAGCUUCAACUACAAGUGGCCUCCAUAUGCUUCAGAUGUGACACUGGAACUCUACCAGCAUUCCAAGGACUGGUUUAUACAACUGUCUUAUAACGGAGAGGAAGUGAUUGCAAGAGGAUGCAGAGCUGGUCUCUGUCCCUUGGAGGAUUUUAUGAAUGCCAUUACACAUUACAGCACAAAUCCUGAGGAGUACAAUCUGCUUUGCUCCAAAUCAGAUGAGAGACUGUAAAAGGAUGACGAACGAUAGUAAAAUUAUAUUCUUACUAUACAUUUCUAAAUACCAUGAAAACAAGGCAUGUUCUCUCAUAAAUUAACAUUUCUAGUGCCGCAUCCUUAGAUUUUGCUAUUGGAAAUGAGGAGAACGCUUAUCCAUUUUGGAAAUAGGUUGCUUUAGAUGAAAAAUGUGUCUAAGAUCCCAACUGCAUCCUCACAGGACAUUUCUGCCCCACAACAAGAGCUGAUAGUAUAAUGGAGCACAUAAUUCUGCUUACCCUGAAGGGAAUGAGAGGUGCCUUCCACAUCUGCUAUCAUUCCUUUGAGCUUUUCAAAAGUUUUAAUAACAUUUUUAAUGAAAAUCUUGAUCCAAACUCAAUAUAAUCCUAGUCUUUUGUAUUGUUUCUCCACAAAGAAUGAAAACCCAGAGAACAAGAAUAAUAUGUAAACCUUAAAAAGGAAAGGAGAAUCAUCAUCAGCUCUUGCAAGGGCUUCAAUUCCAGCACUUUGGCUGAUUGUGUAGUAAAGCUAACUGAACUGUCCCAGUGUGGUUCACACCAGCUUCCUCAUGUAAAACCACUUCUGAGGAAAAGGGAAAACACUAAUGCUGAAUUUUCCAGCACUGGAACUUAACUCAGAAAGAAAACCCAGCACAGGGAAUGCACCUUGUUGUAACUUCAAAACUAGCCACACAGACCAUUAGGCACUGACCUUUGCUUCCAGAAACCCCUUCACUGUCCUGUUUUUUUAAGAAACUCUAGCCAUUAGUAGGACAAACUCUUGCCUUGAACUUUCAAGCAGCUACUUUAUAAAUAGUUGGGAGUAAACUUCUGUUGCAGAAUAAAUACGGUAUUGCUUUCAGUCAUAUUUUAAAUAUGCUCAGCCACACAAAGAAAAUCGCUCAACCAAAUAACAUCACUUCUUUGACACAGGCUAGAGCUGAGUUUGAAGUGUUAACAAAAAAACCUGUUCUCAUGCAGAACCAUUUUUGACUAACAUUGGAAUGUAGUGCAGUUAGCGAAAGGGAACAAAAUAAAGAAAAUAGCUGAUGGCAGCCCAGAAAUAUUUUUAAAAAAAAACUUCCAUCCAAUUAUGGUACUUGGUGGCAAUUAAGAAUUAAGACUGUGGCUGUUGCAAGGGAAAUGGGCAGUAUGUCCUUAAUAUGACCAACCCAAAGCUGUUAAGUCUAAUAAAUGAGUACUCAGUUGGGAUUCCAAAUGGUUGCUCCCUGCAGUGACAGCAGCAGUGAUAAAUCUGGGACAUCUUGUAUCAGAGGAGGGCUGUGCUGAUCUCUGCCCCAGAGAUAACUGCUAACCCAAAUGAAAGUCAGGUAGCUAUGCAAAUGACAGUGCUACCAUUAUUCCUAAUCAUGGACAGUGGCACUGAAUCCUGCACUAGUUUGUUAAGUAUUUCUCCCAUCCAGCCCACUUCUUUUUAAUGCAACCAUUUAGUCCAGGAAGCAGUCUGUAAGUACCUCUUUCUUUCAAGAACAACAGACAGGGCUACAGACACAAUCAUAUGCCAGCUCUUAAACUACUCUAAGGAUAUUCUCAGAUACAAGUUGCUCCAGACAUCCCUCAGAAAUUUCAACUAGGUAAAAAGCUUCUCAGGUAAUUUACUGAUGUUAUUUAAAAAAACGAAGGCAGAAACCUUAAGAGUAUCACUACAGGUUGGACCUGUGGUAGCUGUUCCCCAGGCAACAGCUACAGAUUGAUCAGCACAAUGUGGUGAAGUGGGAUUUUAUGCAGUUUGCUAACACUUCCACCCACUGUAAAGUUCCUUACCAUUUUUGGUUACUGGGCACAAAUAUUUUCCCCAAACAAUUCAUUCUUUUUUUAAAAGAUGUGUAUUAAGCUUGCAGUAAAUAAAUGCUACACAUUCCCUGGGUAGACAUGGAAUUCAGAUGUCUCUGAAGAAAUCUCUAUCCGUGGCAACUCAUUGCAAAAGCAUGAGAUCCCACUGUUUGUACAAACUACCCACUUUUCAGUGGGAUUGUACUAGCACAAAUGGACUACAGAGAUGUAUGGACCAAGUCUGAAUACAAACUAGUUACCACCCAUUGCAAAACUUUCAGUCAACAGAAAUGAUAUCAUACAAUGCCCAGCUAUUUUUUAAUUCUGCUGCCCCCAAAUUUGUUUGGAAAUAACCCAGAUACAGGACAAAACUGGAUUGUAGUAACAGAGAAAGGAACUAGUUCUGUUUUUUGUAAGAAACAAUAUAUUUUAUUUUUCUGACACCACAGCCCUGGCAAGUGGUUUUGUACCAAAUUUAAUGGAGGUUACACAGAGAACGUUUUACGCUGGGGAACGAAAAAAUAGCCACAAAAAAAGUCAGGGUAACUUUUAGUGUCUGUUCCACUCCCACAUUAAUAGUCACUUGGGGGGGGGGGGGGCGGGGGUUUCUAAGAAAAGAAGAAUAAGAAACAGUAAGACUACUGUAGAAUGUAACAGUGUCCAAGUCCAGCCUCUUCCUGAAAGUGGCAACACUCCCAGCAUGAGAAGCGGCUCUCCAAGAUUUA